UCUAUCCUUUGCCACCUCUACCUCACACCGUCCUUCUUUGUUUUCCAGCUUGCUCAGAAAUGUGAUGUAACAAGACUAGGCAAAAAAAUCUUUCCCUCUCUUCAACAGUAAGUCCUUCCUCCCUCUGUCAUAGACAUGCUCACAUUUAUCCACACACAUAUAGAGGCAUUCAACUCCCUAUCGGGAGGUGAACAUCUUGCACGUUCUGGUCUGACCUGGAAUCCAAAAGAAGGGCAUUAGAAACCCCCUCGGGAAAAGCUGGACAGAAACAAGUACCUCCCUUUUCAGCAUGAUGCGGAGUCCGGGGGACAAAACCAGUCCUGCCUCCUAGAAACGUGGAAAUUAGCAGAGGGACAGCUGCUGUGGAUUUUUCUGGUGAGAGUGGGACUGGUUUCCGUUCCUUUGCCCCUGAGCAAAUCCUUUGGGAGACUGGAAAAGAAGCUCUGGGUACUGCCAAAUAGUCCACUAGGUAUGUGACAAUGUGUGUGAGGCUACUUGUGUGAGAGAGAUAGAGACCUGGAGUAUUCGCAAAAGGAAACUUUCCUUGGAUUUUACCUCCGUGGCGUCAGCUCUGACAGAAGGAAUUUUAAUAUUGUUCUCCCUUAACUGAAGCAAUUCAUGACCUGGAUGGGAUAAAAGAUGAGACCAGAUGACAUCAACCCGAGGACUGGACUGGUGGUAGCCUUGGUCAGUGUCUUCCUUGUUUUUGGCUUCAUGUUCACUGUUUCUGGGAUGAAAGGGGAGACCCUAGGGAACAUCCCCCUCCUUGCCAUAGGACCUGCGAUUUGUUUGCCGGGGAUAGCUGCUAUUGCUCUGGCCCGGAAAACAGAGGGCUGCACAAAAUGGCCUGAGAAUGAACUCCUCUGGUGCCGAAAACUCCCCUGCUUUAAAAAAUCAAAGGACAAGGAAGUUAUUGAACUGUUGAGGACCCCAUCUGACUUGGAGUCAGGAAAGGGGAGUUCUGAUGAGUUGGUCAAAAAGACAUACCUCAGAGGCAAUACCUCCUCAAAGGGAGAGGUGCCUGUGGCCAGUUCUGUCACUACUACCAUUGCUACAGAAGAGGAAUCCAAAAGUCUGGUCCAAAAGGAGGAUCAGUAUGAGGCUUCCAGAUACCUGGAAGGGCACUGUCCUUCAGGUACCUUCUCAGCAUCAGGGAGCACCCCCAACUACAGUGCCUUGGAACCAAAGCGCUCCACUUGGGACAGAUCUGACUGCCCAGAACCUGAAGAUAGUAUUUUCUUUGUACCACAAGACAGUAUCAUCGUCUGUUCCUACAAGAGCAGUCCCUAUGACAGAUACUGUUGUUACAUCAAUUCAAGCCAAAUCAGUUGGGACCAUGAGACAGUAGUUUAAAUGCUGCACAAAAGCAUAUCUAUGUUUAUACAAACAUGGCAAAUUUCAGCUACUAAUGGAAAAGAAACUACACUGCAUGAAGUCUUCGAAAUGUUAGAAAUUGGCCUGGUAUGUGAUGGAUGCUCAGAUCUCCUGUGCCUGAAGCCCUGUGGAUGAGCAUGUUUGAGGGUUGGGGAAUUAUUUUAGUGAGAAAUGGUGAGGUCUAUGAGGGACUUAUCUAGGGGAUGUGAGAAGGUGACCAAGGAAAUCAGAAUUCAGAUUCCUUAUUUGUUAAAUGAUGUUGAAUGUCUUACAAAAUAGACCAAAAGUACUAUGUGGUAUCAGCUAAUAACAAAACAAAUCAGGAGCCAGCUAUGUAUAAAAAGUAACAAAUGAUGUAUGAGAAUAUAUGCUUUCAAUAAGAGUUUUUCUUCAUUUCUGAAGAAUAUUAAAAGACCAAAUUUGCGCUCAAUUGCAUUAGAUAAUUGGGUGGGAGUUAGUUAAAAAGCUAUUUAUACUUAUCUAGUUUCCCAAUCAAGAAAAUAGUUAUAUUCCUCCUUAGAUGUUCCCUGGAAAUCCAAGGAUAACUUUAAAAAGCUGAAUUUUAUUCCAGUUCUAUGAUCUUCUGGCAAUCACCAUUCAGGAAACUGCAUGUGUUAGUUAAAAUAAAAUGUCCACUGUUUUGUGAAAAAACUCAUAUUUUUAGAAUGUUAUGUCAAUUCUUAAUCUGAUUAUUUAAUGACUUUAUUUGAAGUGUUUUCAAUAUAUAAUUAUCUUACAUAUAUAAUUUCCUCAUAAAGUAAAACAUGACAUGGAUGAAAGAAUUAUAGAGAUUCAAAUUAGUUUCAACAAAUCAAAAUUAAUUUUUACAAUACAUGCAAAUACCAUUGAAAAUAUGGUUAUAAUUUUCCUGGGAAUUAUUAUUUUCAUAUGCCUCUGCCCAUUUAAAGACUUUAUAUAUACACACAAACAUAUAAGCACAUAGUAAUUGCUGCAGCUAUGAACAAUAUGCCAAAUUUGCAUGAAACAUAUUGAUUAACUAUCUGGAAGCCUAGUGUUAGCAUGCAUGUUCACACAGACCCUAGAUAUUCCAGUGUCACCAGGGUUAAUGGCAUAGAAAACUCUCUGAUAAAUAAAGAUUUAAUGAUCUCUUAGCACUUCAUAAAAAGGUCAAUUUUAUUUAGCCCAGAUUUCACUGUUCCUAAGAAAGCAAAAAACAAACAAACAAACAAAAAUCAAC